AUGUCUGAUUGUGUGAAGAAGAACAUUCUGUCUGAGGAGUUGAGUCAGGACGUCGCUAAAGGUCUUGGUCUAGUCUAUGAGAUGGGAGGAGAGGAGGAGACCACAAGAACUGGUGUCUACACUGGUGAAACACUGAUGACUGGCAAGAGGGUGAAGCAUGCGGUGUCUGAGGACACUGAGGUGUUCCAGGGGGAGGCUCUGGGUAAAGCCCCCGACGGACACGGACUCUCCACCUACAAGGAGCUGUGCUCAUUGGCCAGUGACCUCAACCAACCAGAUCUGGUCUACAAGUUCAUGAACCUAGCCAAUCACCAUGCCAUGUGGAACUCCCGCAAGGGAGCAGCGUUUGGGUUCAACAUCAUAGCAGCGAAGGCAGGUGAGCAGCUCGCCCCCUACCUGCCCCAGCUGGUACCACGCCUAUACCGCUACCAGUUUGACCCCAACCUGGGCAUCAGGACGGCCAUGACCUCCAUCUGGGACGCACUGGUCACUGACAAGAACAUGGUGGAUAAGUAUCUGAAGGAGAUCCUCCAGGAUGUGAUAUCUAACCUGACCAGUAACAUCUGGAGGGCCAGGGAGUCCGCCUGCCUCGCUCUCAACGACCUCAUCCGAGGCCGCAACGCCGAUGAUCUCAUUGACCACCUGGAGGAGAUCUGGGAAACGCUGUUCAGGGUGCUGGACGACAUCAAGGAGUCUGUCCGGAAGGCUGCCGAUAUAACCCUGAAAACACUGAGUAAGGUGUGUACUAGGAUGUGUGAGUCGUCAGGUUUAGCAGCCCAGAGGACUGUAGCUGUUCUGUUACCAACCCUCCUGGAUAAAGGAAUCGUCAGCAACGUACCUGAGGUCCGCUCUCUCAGUAUCCAGACCCUGGUUAAGGUGUCCAAGACAGCUGGUAAUAGGUUGAAGCCCCACGCCCCUCGUCUGAUCCCAGCCCUCCUAGAGGCCCUCAGUGUCCUGGAGCCACAGGUCCUCAACUACCUCAGCCUCCGAGCCACAGAGCAGGAGAAGAGUGCCAUGGAUGCAGCCAGACUCAGUGCUGCCAAGUCCUCCCCCAUGAUGGAGACCAUCAACAUGUGUCUGCAGCACCUGGACGUGUCUGUUCUGGGGGAGCUGGUCCCCAGACUCUGUGACUUACUGAAGAGCGGAGUGGGCCUGGGCACCAAGGGUGGUUGUGCCAGUGUGAUCGUGUCCCUCACUGUCCAGUGUCCCCAGGACCUCACCCCCUACUCAGGUAAACUGAUGAGUGCCCUACUGAAUGGAAUCCAUGACCGUAGCAGUGUUGUCCAGAAAGCCUUCUCCUUCGCCCUGGGACAUCUAGUCAGGACAGCGAAGGACAGCAGUGUAGAGAAACUCCUACUGAAGCUCAAUACCUGGUAUCUAGAGAAAGAAGAGCCGGUGUACAAGUCGUCGUGUGCCCUGACGGUCCAUGCUAUCAGCCACUACAGCCCUGAUGUCCUGAAGGGGCAUGCGGUGGUAGCUCUGCCCCUAGCCUUCCUGGGUAUGCACCAGGCACCGGGACCAGACGAGGAGAAGGGAGAGAGCCAUGACGCCACGCUGUGGAACGAGGUCUGGCAGGAACACGUACCAGGAAGCUUCGGGGGCAUCCGCCUCUACAUGACGGAGCUGAUCGACAUUACCCAGAAGGCCUUACAGUCCCAGUCGUGGAAGAUGAAGGCCCAGGGCGCGGCUGCCAUGGCGUCCAUCGCUAAGCAACAGACGGGUUCUCUGGUGGUCCCUCACCUGGGCAUGGUGUUGUCUGCUCUGCUGCAGGGGCUGGCCGGACGCACCUGGACUGGAAAGGAGGAGCUGUUGAACGCCAUCGGCUCUGUGGUGUCAAAGUGCAGUGGUGAGCUCCAGAAGUCGGCCCCGGGCCAGCCCAGUGUACCAGAGGUGAUAGAUGUGGUGUUGAAGGAAUGUCGUAAAGACAACCUGGUCUACAAGAUGGCUGCCCUGGGCUGUGCUGCUGACGUCCUGCAGGCCACACAGGAAGACCGCUUCAGUGAUAUGGCCGACAUACUCAUACCACUCAUUAAGAAGAACUCUGCAGCUACUUGGAGGCUGAGGCGUGAUAGUGAUGAUGAUACUGAUGAGAAGGAGAAGGAGCUGCAGACUGAAGCUCUACUCUGUGCCUUCCAGACGCUGGGCAAGACCUGGCCCAAAAACACACAAACCCAGGAGCGUUUCCAAUUGGACCUGUGCUGUCUGAUGUGUGAGAGGUUGAAGCUCAGUACAUGGAGGGUCCAGGUUGGGGUCCUGCUGUCUAUGAAGGAAUACUUCCAGGGGUUGCUACUGUUGGAGAAAGAGAAAGACAACCAGAACUUCACAGCCCUGUCCCUUAUCCUCACAGAGACAUGCAGCGCUCUCACCUUCCCACUAGAGAAUAAGAGUUACUCCUCUGUGAGGACCGAAGCGCUGUCUGUUGUGGAACUACUGGUGAAGAGGACCGGAGGUAAGCCGUCUUUCAGCUGUCUUUCAGCUGUCUUUCUACUGUCUUUCAGCUGUCGUUCAGCUGUCUUUCUACUGUCUUUCAGCUGUCUUUCUACUGUCUUUCUACUGUCUUUCAGCUGUCUUUCUACUGUCUUUCAGCUGUCUUUCUACU